AUGUCACCGUUUAAGCUGGUGUAUGGGAAGGCUUGUCAUCUCCCGGUUGAACUUGAACAUAAGGCGUACUGGGCUAUUAAGCAAUUGAAUUUUGUGUCUCAACUAGUUGGGGAGGAGAGAUUACUAGAGCUUAAUGAAAUGCUUAAACUUUUUCAUGGGAAGCUUAAAUCUCAAUGGUCAGGGCCAUUUGAGGUGCAUUAUGUCUAUCCCCAUGGUGCCGUUGACAUCAAGAAUAUAGACGAUGGGACGAUUUUCAAAGUCAAUGGCCAGCGUCUGAAAGCUUAUAAUGGAGUUCCUCCACUAUACAACAAGGCAAUGUUGUAUCUGCACGAUGCUGAAGGAUCACAACACUACAGCCGUGCAAAGAGCAGUUACUAA